AAAAAAAAAAAAAUACGAAAAGGAAAGAAAGGGUUUGUCGGAGAGGGGGGGGAUUCCCUAUCCCUAUUUCCACUUGAUUGAUUUGGAUGCUGGUGAUUGUGCUGCUGCUGCUGCUGGGCAUAAAGAAGUCUCCCCGUUAAUUCUUCCGUUUGAUGGCCGUAAGGCCUUGUUUCCAAUUCAUCGUCUCCAUCGCUCGUCACCAUCAUCCUCAUAUUCAAACAGGCCACCUUUUCUCUUCCUCUUUGAUUCUCCCUACUCCAACCAAGACCUUCCCAACCGUCAUCCUUCGCCGUUUAUCUUCCCGGUCCCCAUUCUCUCUUAUUCAUCAACAGCAAAAGCAGAAACCCUCGCAAACUUGUCCUCCACCUCCACCCCAAUCACCGCCGCUCACACAUUCUCCCAAGCUUACGCCUGCGUCUACUCGCCUCCGGCCGUCGCUAUCACCAUCCGAAACCAUGUCGCAGAAGAUCGGAAAGUCUGUCCGCCGCCCUGGCGCCGCCUCCAAGGCCCGGGUUUAUACUGAUAUUAAUGUGAUCCGCCCUAAGGAGUACUGGGAUUAUGAGUCCCUCACUGUUCAAUGGGGGGAGCAGGAUGAUUAUGAGGUGGUAAGGAAGGUGGGGAGAGGAAAAUACAGUGAGGUUUUCGAAGGAGUUCACACUACCAACAAUGAGAAAUGCAUUAUCAAAAUCCUUAAGCCUGUUAAAAAGAAAAAGAUCAAGAGGGAGAUUAAGAUUCUGCAGAAUCUUUGUGGUGGGCCAAAUAUUGUAAAGUUGCUUGAUAUUGUUAGGGAUCAGCAGUCAAAGACUCCGAGUCUUAUAUUCGAAUAUGUGAACAACACAGAUUUUAAAGUGCUCUAUCCCACACUAUCAGACUUUGAUAUCCGCUAUUACAUUUAUGAACUUUUGAAGGCAUUAGAUUAUUGCCAUUCUCAAGGUAUCAUGCAUCGUGAUGUGAAGCCCCAUAAUGUCAUGAUUGAUCAUGAGCAGCGUAAACUUCGUCUUAUAGACUGGGGACUUGCAGAAUUCUAUCAUCCUGGAAAAGAAUACAAUGUUCGUGUAGCCUCUAGAUACUUUAAAGGGCCUGAACUUCUUGUUGAUUUGCAAGACUAUGAUUACUCACUGGACUUGUGGAGUCUUGGCUGUAUGUUUGCUGGAAUGAUAUUCCGGAAGGAGCCUUUCUUUUAUGGGCAUGACAAUUAUGAUCAAUUGGUUAAGAUUGCUAAGGUGUUGGGGACUGAUGAGUUAAAUGCUUAUCUGAACAAGUAUCGCUUGGAACUAGACCCACAACUAGCUACACUUGUUGGGAGGCAUAGCAGGAAACCAUGGAUGAAGUUCGUUAAUUCUGAUAAUCAACAUUUAGCCGUGCCUGAGGCAAUUGACUUUGUUGACAAGUUGCUGCGGUAUGACCAUCAAGAACGGCCUACUGCAAAAGAAGCUAUGGCCCAUCCUUACUUCUACCCUGUAAGAAAUGCGGAAAGUAGCAGAACUCGAACAUAAAAUCAGAUUCAGAUUCAGCAAUCUCAUUUUUUUCCUGUACCAUUUGUAACAUUUCUGAAUUACUUUUUCUAGAAUUUGUUUGAGUUGCCAUUGCUUUUGAAGUCUCUGUUCACUUUUAUUCACCUUUGAGCGUCCUAGUUCUCAAGCAAAAGUUUAAGCCUUCAAUGCUCCUGAAUUAGUUUCAGGCAGCACUAAUUCCUUCAGCUGCCCCAUGUCUACUUGCAGUUUGUAGCGAAGUUUUGUAUAUGGAAUAUCAUAUAACAACUGCUUUGAAAUAUUUUAAUGAGGAUUUGUGGGCAAUGUUCCAAUUGUUUUUC